GUCUUAUUUGGUGUCCAUUACUCUGAGCACACAUUAUGGCAAACAAUACACUGAAGGAAGUGCUGUACGAGAACCUGUUGGCGAUCCUGUCGACCGACAAAGCCGUGCGAACUAAUGCCGAACAACAGUUCAAACUCUUGGAGACCAGCGAUGAGAUAGCGCUCAACGAGUCGAUCGGUCUGUCCAUCAGACAGUUGUCGGCUGUCCUUCUCAGGCAAUACAUUGACAGCCAUUGGACGGCUGACCACAAGAAAUACAUUCCUCCGGUUNCUCUUGUAGAGUUUGGUCUUCACUUAAUAGAGAUAGCGCUCAACGAGUCGAUCGGUCUGUCCAUCAGACAGUUGUCGGCUGUCCUUCUCAGGCAAUACAUUGACAGCCAUUGGACGGCUGACCACAAGAAAUACAUUCCUCCGGUUGUGCCCAACAAUGUGAAGGCAGUGAUAAGGGAAACGCUGGUCAAGUGUCUCAACUGUUCUCUGAGCCAAAUGUCAGACGACAAGAAGUUGCGGUCGUCGUUGGCAUACGCGGUGUCGACGAUAGCCCACUACGACUGGCCCGAAGAGUGGCCACAAUUGGGCGCUAUUCUCAUCGGUUACUUGUCUUCUGGCGACGGAAUCACUGUUUACAGUGCGAUGAAAGUGUUUGUAGAGCUCAGCCACGAAGUGGUCGACUGUCAGAUCCCAACCAUUGCUCCCCUUUUACUGCCAAAGAUGUAUGAGAUCUUCGUUUCAUCCAAAGAGUUCUCUCUGCGAACCCGCGGCCGAGCCGUUCAGAUCUUCACCACCAUCUCGGAGACCAUCGCACAGAUGGACGACUUGGACAAGAAUGCCAUUCGUCUCUAUUUGGAGCCAUUUCUGCAGCAAUUCACGAAAGCAUUGGUCAGUGCACUGGUUCUGCCGGAUGGCAGUCCUGAUGUGGAUCUGGGCAUCAAAAAAGAUAUAAUCAAUUCGCUGUCCAUUUUGUUGCGGAACUGUAAGAAACAAAUGAAGGAAUGGUUGCCAGAGAUCUUAGCGCCCGUUUGGCACAGUCUCACCACUGCCGCCAACAUAUACGUCAAGACUAUAGUGAACGUCAAUUCCUUCGACUACGACAACGAACUCGAGAGUUAUGCCGAAGUCGUCGACUCUGACGGAGAAGUGUUGGGUUUCGAGAGUCUUGUGUUCGCUAUCUUCGACUUCGUGACGGUUGUCAUCGAAAGCAAACGGUUCCGCAGACAAGUGAAUCCAGUGAUGACCGAACUCUUGUACUUUCUUAUCGUAUAUAUGCAAAUAACUGACGAUCAGUCGAGCUCUUGGAUCGACAAUCCGGAUCAGUUCGUGGAGGACGAGGACGACGACUCCUAUUCGUAUUCGAUCCGCAUAUCGGCCUUAGAUCUCAUACUAUCGAUCGCUCAAGAAUUCAAUGACAAUCAUUCGGCCAAAAAGUUGGAAGAAUUCAAGCGAUCUUUUGUUAACGCGAUUAACAGACACUACAACGAGUCGACCGAACUCUCCAAACAACAGACACCGGAAGCGAGGAAUUGGUGGAAAAUACAAGAAUCAUGUCUUCUGGCCUUGGGAUCCAUUUCGCCCACUAUUAUAGAGACCAUUCAAGCCGUCCAGUCCUCACUCGACAAAAACCAGUCGCCCUCACCCGUGGCGUUAGCCAUAUCUAACGAUUUUAAGCUCAUUUUAGACGGCGUUUUCAGAAUCCCUACCAAUAUCUCUCCAUUCCUGACCGGCCGUUCCCUUUGGACAGCCUCUCGGUUUGCAGAGAUAAUGAGCGGCGAGUCUUUGAAUUCGUUUCUUCAGUCAACAACCAGUGGACUGAUGGCUGAGUCGCCAGUGAUCCGAAUCGCGGCAGCGAAGGCCACGUUUGUCUUUUGCGAUCACAUCAAGGCGUCUGACAAAACAGCUCUCAUUAAACCAUAUUUGGGGCCAAUGUUUGAAGGCUUGUUGUCUAUCGGCACCCGUUAUAGCACUGAAGUGCUGUCCGUUGUUUUGGAAACCGUUUGUAUUCUCAUAUCAAUUGAUAAGGACUUCACGGCCAGUAUAGAGAACAAAGUGGCGCCGUUAGCCAUCGCCACGUUUCUCAAGUUCUCGUCGGACGCACUACUCAUUAGUUGCGCUCAAGACGUGUUCGCCGAGCUCUGCAAGAAUGAGAAAUGCAUUUUACCGCUACAGCAACGCCUCGUCCCCACACUUGUCUCUAUACUACAUCCCUCGCAAAUGAACGAAACAGUGGCUGCACUGCAACCCAUUUCUCUGGACAUAUUGGCCACAGUUGUCAGGAAUUCUCCCGUUCCUCUGUCUGACAUACUCAUGGAGAAGGCAUUCCCCGCAGCAGUCAAUUGUAUACUCACUAAUCCAGACGACGCACCCAUUCUCCAGAAUGGCGGCGAAUGUGUCCGCGCGUAUGUCGUCAGAGCUGUCGAUCAGGUGUUUGCCUUUAAAGUCGAGUCUCCGGAAUAUCAAAACGGGAUUUCUCUCGCUUUACAAGUGUGUCACCAUCUGUUGGACCCGCGAAAGAGUGAGACGUGCUCUGCAUUUGUGGGCCGUUUGAUCACAAUUCUGAUCACUCGCGCCAAUCAAUACAUUGGACGUGAAAACACACACCACUUAUUGCGAGCAGUAUUAGUGCGGCUACACAUCUGCGAGACAUUGUCUGUAGUCCAGAGUCUUAUCCUAGUGUUCGCUCAUUUAAUUUAUUACGAUUUGCCCGCAAUUCUUGACUUUUUGUCGUCACUGCCGGCGCCCAUAAGUCCCGUCACGAAUGGCAAUCAAUCAUCGCUUGAGUUUGUGUUAAUAAGUUGGUUGAAUAGACAGCACCUGUUCUUCGGCUCGUAUGAGAACAAAGUGUCAAUACUAGCGCUUUGCAAACUAUUACAGCACUCUAUUCUACACCAAACACAAGACCCUAACCUUAAUCUCAAUCUGAUUCAAGUUCCCGGAGAUGUCAUUCCCUCCGAUGACGCGUCUCCGGGUGUUAAGACGCGAUCGAAAACCGCCAAAAACCCGGUUCAGUGGUCAAUGGUUCCCUGUUCUGUCAAAAUUCUUAAGCUAUUAUUGGCUGAACUCAAGAGUAUUGAGGAAAUAAAGAACAUUCAGACGACGAGUGAUGACGACGACGAUGAGGACGAGGAUGAGCUGAGCGGCGCCGGCGAUGGCUUUAUUCGCGGUGCGGCCGCGAAGUUAGACUCGAGUGAUAUCGGAAUCAUAGACGAGGAGUGGGCGGAAGGCGUCGGCGACAUCAGUGAAGACGAUGUGCUGAAUGAAGAGAUCGGAAAACUGAAUUUAGAGGAAUACCUGACGGGAGUGUUGCGUGAGUUCAAGAGUCUCCCGUUCCUCAACGAUUUCGCCGCACAUCUCACUGAUAACGAGAAGAUUGUUUUGACCAAAAUAUGAAUCCCUUUCUACUCUUUCAAUAGUUAUCUCGC